CUAGACAUCCGCCGGAAGUGCAAGGAAGAGUUCCGGUGAACGGGGCCUCCACGCUUCCGGUAUUCUGAGCUUCCAGAGUUGAGAAUUGCUAGUUUGCGCUGGAGUCGCCGUGCUGUCGCCGGGAUCAUGGUGUUCUACUUCACCAGCAGCAGCGUUAACUCAUCUGCUUACACUAUUUACAUGGGAAAGGAUAAAUAUGAAAAUGAAGAUCUGAUCAAGUAUGGCUGGCCUGAAGAUAUUUGGUUUCAUGUGGACAAACUCUCCUCGGCUCAUGUAUACCUUCGAUUACAUAAGGGGGAGAAAAUAGAAGACAUCCCAAAGGAAGUACUGAUGGACUGUGCCCACCUUGUGAAGGCCAAUAGCAUUCAAGGAGCUAUUCAUCGCUAAUGAAAGUUGAGAAUAUGUCUUCAAAUCAGGACGGCAAUGAUUCGGAUGAAUUCAUGUGAAUGAGGAAAAGGACCUUUUAAAGAUGUGAAUUUAGGGACAGUUUUGAUUUCAUCUAUAUUCCCAGUCAUAAAAAAAAAAAAAACCAACCACCAACCAAAAUUCUUCCUUCAUAAUAUUCUACAAAUAUUACCAACUUUGGAGUUAAAAAAAAUUGUUCCCAUAUUGCUGUCAGAAAAGGAUCAGAUAAAUAUAUAUGUAUAUACAAUAUAGUUGGACUUGAAGACAGCAUAUAACUUUAGGAAAGUGAAAAUAUUUUUGCCGGAACAUGUCUUGGUACCUCUUGAGAGCUGGCUGCCCUUGUUCUUGGAAUAGACUUUAGAACAACUACGAAAAGUAUUUCUGUUACUGUGGUCUGUCUCUGAAAACAGAUGUCUUGAAAAGCUUCUCAAAUUCUCAAAAUAGCUACUUCUGUUAAGAAGAAUGUAUUGGUGAGCAGUGUAAGCAAACAGUCCCCUCACCCCUGAUUUCCGGAUUAGAGAAAAAAGCAUAUGGCAGAGUACCCUGGUGGCACAGUGGUUAAAGAUCUGGCAUUGUCAUUGCUGUGGCCUGGGUCACUGCUGUGGCAUGGGUUUGAUCCCUGGCCUGAGAAUUUCUGCAUGCAUGGCAUGGCCAAAAAAAAAAAAGCACAUGGGUUUUGAAGGUGACAGUGAUAUUUUCAGAAGAUUGCUGGCUUCGGUAAUCAUGUCCCAUGGUGCCAUCUGCACUCUUCCUUUUUCCAUUGAGGGCCUCUACCCAGGUACCAUCAGACGUAAAGAAACAGAGGUAAUCAAAGUUGGGCUUUUAGGGCAGUUUUUACGCGAGCACCAAGUAACCCCAGCAACCAGCUUCCAGGCCCUGAGUCACUUCUCAUCCUUCCGUGAAUCAUUUUGAUGACAUAGGUUACCUGAUUUUUGUCCUGGAAAUCAGCAUAAAGCACAAGUCUAUGUUGCAAUUAUGAUUUUGGAAAGAAUUAAGCAUUUCGCACACCAGCCAAGUAGUUAGUUUACCUUGAAGUAGUAUUUAUUUUGAGUUGUAACCCCAGAGUUCAGAUUUCUCAACUUAGUAACUUAAGAUGUUACAGUCCCACUCAUCUGAACCACCUGUUCUCCUGGGUGAUUCUGAAUAGAAGAUGCAUUUUUAUUACAGUCUGUAAAGCAACCCCUGUGGAAAGAGACAGAACAAAUCAUGAAAGGGAAAGGCACAAAGUCUGCACGUCAGGAAGCAAACAGACUGACCUCAUAACCACACCCAAAGCUCUUCACACAGCAUUCUUAUUCUUAACCGUAUUCUAACUCAGCACAAAGUAGCUCCUCCUGCAGAGAGUCGGCCUGCAAUAACACUUUGGAAUGAUGGUAAAAUCGCAAGACUUCAGUGUUUCUAUUUAUCAUCCCAAGUUGGUGUAUGGGGUUGAACUGGAAAACUUCCUGACAUAUAACUUGGCCAAAUUUUGAGGGGAGGGGGUAUGGGAGGCAGCUCCAGAAAUUAGUGUGUGUGUGUGUGUGUGUGUGUGUGUCUGAUUGACAUUCAGCCUGGAGUUCUGCUAUUUGAAAAUGUAAUAAUAAAGAGUCAUUUUUUAUUUGGGAGGACCUUGAUAUAUGAAUUCUUAGAAUUUGUUAUUCUCAUCCCCAAGCUUGUUUUGGGGGUGAUCAGCCUGUGAAAACCUCUUCUAUCCUAGGCUCAAUCUGGGAGGUUCUACAGGGGUAGUCUUCCUCCCCCACUGAUAAAUGUCUGCCUCCUGCCCGCGGGGUCCAAGCGUCUGACACACCCUUGCUGGAGUGUAAAUUAGUAGAUGUGCUACGGCCUACCCCCACUACUGUAGGCAAUUCCUAAACGCUCCGCUGCCAACAUAUGAAAUGGGGAGACUUUGCCUCUAGUACCACCUGUGUCCCCUCUGAGGCUUCUUUUUUUUUUGGGGGGGGGUCUUUUUGCCAUUUCUUGGGCCGCUCCCGCGGCAUAUGGAGGUUCCCAGGCUAGGGGUCCAGUUGGAGCUGUAGCCACCGGCCUACGCCAGAGCCACAGCAACCUACACCACAGCUCACGGCCAUGCUGGAUCCUUAACCCACUGAGCAAAGCCAGGGGUCAAACCCGCAACCUCAUGAUUCCUAGUUGGAUUCAUUAACCACUGAGCCACGAUGAGAACUCCCCCUCUGAGGCUUCUGACAAGCUCCUCUGUAUGCACAUUAUAGCAUGUACAGGGAGAGGUUUUGAAGACACACCAGUUAUACUGUAGUGUGAGAGCUCCUGGGGUCCUCAUUGGAAACAUCUCCAGUGUUUGGCUUCAAACGUCCAGACCCCUGUUGUGAAUCCCUAGCUCUGGAGCCUUUCCAGCUGCUCUGUGCUGCUCUCCCUCUCCCUCGGCCUGGGUAAUGGGUGGGUUUUCCCCCCAGCUCCCAGGUUCCCAGAGGGAAGCUGUGUCCUUUUCAGGACAUUGGUUCAGUGCCAACAGGUCAAAAUAAACUGUUGCCGCUGAAGUCAUCUCAUAUCUUGCUAUUGGCAUGUUUCCUCUACUUUCUAUAGGAAAAUUCCAAAGUGUUGGCAUUUUCAUGAGCUGCGUCUUUGAUCAAAUCGUCAUCCAUCCCGAGGAUUUCUCUUUCCAACUCUGCCUCAGUCUCCCCACUCUGAUCUGCCUGCAGGUGAAGUUCACCUUAUUGUGUAAUUUGCUGCACAAACUGCUUGGUUUUACUCCCACAGCUUUAGAAUUCACUUCUUAAAAUCCACUUUUGUUGACCUAGGGUCGUGAUCUUUGGGCCAGGGAAGUUUGUCACAGUUCUUCCUGGAAUAGGCUUUAGGAACUUUACCAAAAUAUAGAAGGUUUUGACCUUAGCAAAGUAGGCAAUGAACUGUAGUUGAGUCUUUUCAAUAUCUUUUUUGUUGUUGUACUGUAUUUUAACAUUUUCUUUUUUUUUUUUUAGGGCCACACCCAUGGCAUAUGGAGGUUCCUAGGCUAGGGGUCUAAUCAGAGCUACAGCUACCACCCUACUAUGCCACAACUACAGCAGCGCAGGAUCCAAGCCACAUCUGCGACCUAUACCACAGCUCACAGCAACGCCAGAUCCUUAACCCACUGAGCGGGGCCAGGGAUUGAACCUGCAACCUCAUGGUUCCUAGUCAGAUUUGUUUCUGCUGUGCUUCAACGGGAACUCCUGUAUUUUAACAUUUUCUGAAGCCUGGAUUUGGGUGACCCUUUUAACUGUUCAAUGCCAAUGGUUUCCCGACUUAGGAAGGAGAGGAGAGUUCAGCUGCAGCCUUCCUGCCACAUUUGCAUCUGUCAGAGACCAGAAGCUCUUAUUUUCUGGGCUGGAACAGGUUAUGGGAACAAUUGAGCAGGGUGGAAUAAUGGAAGCCUUUCCAAUCGUUUUCUGAACGGUGGUGUUGAAACCUGCUUUCCUCUGUUUGAUCUGAAGUACAGCGUUGUGAAUAAUAAAUCCCAUACUCAGAAUGAUCAUAAUGCAGUGAGUGGGCCACCUUUUGAUUUUAAAGUAAACUGAAAACAGUCCAGUUGUACUCAAAAGUGUAAAAUUAGAAACGUAAGUUUCAAGCUAAAUGUUGACCUUGACCCAUCUAACUCCAGCUCGGGAAUGAGGAUAGGCACGCCUGGUGCCUGAGCAGGCUUGAGUUCAAGUUGUGCUUAGUAAGAAUGCAGUGUAUCAUUUCAUAAAUGAUACGGAUGAUGCCACCACGCUGCCACAUAGUCAUCAUGUUCUGGAUGAAUGAUAUAUAAAAUAAAAGUUGAUAGUUUGAGAAGAACCAAGCGUGCAUGUGGAAUUCCACUUUACUUCUCCGGAUGACUCAGUCUCACUAGUGGGAUGUGUGUACUCAUUUCAGGCAAAUAGGAAGAAGCAGGUUCUUGGCUACCUGAGAUGAUGCCCUUCAAACAGUUUUGUUCCUUAGCAGGAAGAAAAGAACAAAUUAGAGUAACAGGAAGAAUGCCCAAGGAUUCUAGGAAGAACAGAACCUGGGGGCCAUGAUAUUUGCAAAUGCCACAAUUUGAAUAUAACUCAAUUCUCUCUCCCCCCCCCAACCACCCCAGUUCCUCAGGGUCUGCCUGAGAUCCUGUCCUCCUAACUGGGGUGAAGUGCAAACUGCAGACCUGCUAGAAUGGUGUCCCUAACAAAUGUAAUCGCUCUGGACCACCAUUCUGUUUAUGGAGUCACCCCUUCUGUGGGAGCGUUUAUUCUAAUGUUACCCUGUGUUGGCAGGAAGUAUUGGGACGAAAAGAGCCACGGAAACAUUCAAGUUUCUCCCAGCUGUGAAAAGCCUAUUUGACUUCUUAAAUGUUUUAUUAGAGGACACUGGUUCUAUUUUCACCAGAUACCUGCGUCCUUUUGGUCUUUAACUGCCUUAGCUGCUAGAAUUCUGGGGUUUAAGUUUUUGAGUAAAUUAACCUAUAUGGAGAAUGUAGGUUGAAGCCAGAAUUUUCAUAUAGAAAAUGUAGAGAACUGUGUAUUAUACUUGGACUCAGAAGUAGACUGAAAAUAUAAAUAGCUAUCUCUCUAAGGCCAUGUGUUAACCAUGGCUUAUUAGAAUAUACAUCUCUGUUUUCUGUCUCACAUCGAUUGCUUUGUUUUUGUCUUGCUGAUUUCAGGGUAUCAGUUAUUGGGAACCUUCAAGCUCUCCACCUUAGUGGUGGUGAUUACGGUUCUGCCCUGGGCCAGAUGAAAUAAGAAACAGGUGUCUGGGUUGCAUGCGUCAGUGGGCACUGACUUGGCAUUUUUCUGCCUUAGUUGAUAGACAAGGAAUGGAGGUGGGGGAGCAAUGAAUGCUCACCCUAGAAUCCUGUGUGGCUUUUGCUUGUUCCCAACCCUGGUGAGUGAGUGUCAGUGUUUAAGGCCAAAAAAAAAAAAAAAAAAAAAAAAA